AUGAUGACGACGUGCCGUCUGCUGUGCGCCCUGUUGGUGCUCGCCCUGUGCUGCUGCCCGUGCGUGUGCGCGGUGGAUACUGAAACGGUUGAAGAGUCUACCGAGAGGACCACAACGAUGACUGCAACACAGCCACAGGAUUCUAAGGCUAACGGUAAGCCUACAGUUAAUGUGAAGGGAACCGGCACCAAUCCAUCGUCUUCCUCAACAGAGGGAAUAGAGGGGAAGGAUCAGCCAAGACCGCACGCACCACCAGUGACUAAGCCGGCUGGAAAGCCAGGAGAAGAUGCCGGAGCGGGACAGAGUUUGACCGGUACGACAGGGUUACAAAGUGACACUAAUAAAUCUGCAGACCUCACAGAUAAGGAAGACGAAGAACCCGCAAAGGCGACCACGACGAACAAACCUCCUGCCCAGACAACCACCACGACCACCACUACGACAAACGCACCAACCACGACCACCACUGCGCCAGAGCCACCAAGCACUACGACUACAGAGGCGCCAACCACGACGACCACCCGCGCACCGUCGCGUCUUCGCGAAGUCGACGGCAGCCUCAGCAGCUCUGCGUGGGUGUGUGCCCCGCUGGUGCUUGCCGUAUCCGCGCUGGCGUACACCGCUGUGGGCUGA